AUGCGUGCCUUCACCGUCGCUGCUGCUAUCCUGGUUGCCGGAGCCCAGGCUGCUCCUGCUCUUGAGCCUUACUUCUCCGGAGAUGGCGUUGUCAGCCAAUACGUCAGCGUUGGCCACGACAUCGACGUGACCGGCACCAGCGGCAAGAGCUACCACAUUGACUGCGGUACCACUUCGGGACAAAUCGUCCCCAACGUCUUCGCCAAGUGCACUGUGGACGGCAAGAAGCCGGAUGGCAUCACCGCCAACGAGUCUGACAAGAACGCAAUCAACUGCCCCAUCUCCUAG